ACCAUGUUAACCCUCCGGAAUGCUCUCUUGCGUCCUCGCCUAGGCGCUGCUGUGCUGCAGCGUCGCUUUGCAUCCAAGAGCAACCAAGAGCACCUAGUAGACUGGAUGACGGGGCCUCCGAAGAUGCUUGACGUGACGUCCUCCAAGUUUGACACGCUGUCGUUGGGUUUCGCCAACGAUGAUGCCGACUCUGGGGUGUUGCACUUGAAGCUCAACCGCCCCAAGGUUGUGAACGCCAUGAACAUGCAGAUGUGGGUAGAUCUAGCGGAGGCCUUCGAGCUCGUGGAGCAAGAUCCCAGCGUUAAGGCCGUCGUGGUGUCUGGGGAAGGUCGCGGGUUUACGAGUGGCAUGGAUCUGGACGUCUUCGCUCAGAUGCAGAAGGUGGCGAUGGACGAGUCUUGUGAAGGACGCAAGCGAGAACGUCUAAUGCGCGUCAUCGAGAAGUUGCAGAACGUAAUUUCCGCUCCAGAGAAGUGUCGGGUGCCGGUUAUUGCGGCGAUCCACGGGCCUUGCAUUGGUGCAGGCGUGGACUUUAUCACGGCUUGUGACUUGUGCUACUCCGAUGUGAGCGCCAUAUUCUCCGUCAAGGAGGUGGACCUGGCUAUUAUCGCUGAUGUGGGCACGUUGCAACGUCUACCCAAGCUUGUGGGUGAGCGCCAAGCCAAGGAACUUGCCUACACAGGUCGUGACUUCGGUGGACUAGAGGCAGAGAAGCUCGGUCUUGUGCUUAAGGCUUUUCCUGACCAAGAGGCACUGAUGAGCCAUGUUGGAGACGUAGCAAAGGAUAUCGCCAAGAAGAGUCCGCUCACUAUUCGUGGCAUCAAGCAAACGAUCCACUACCAACGAGACCACUCGACAAAGGACUCAUUGGAGCAGAUUCGCUACCACAACGCCGCCGUCUUGUACAGUGACGACUUGGUGCAAGCUGUCGGUGCCAUCAUGAGCAAGACGGAGCCCAAGUUCCGCAAUGACUAAGUACGUCGCAAGCGAUCUAAUGUUGAGCUCGUCGUGCCACCCGCA